AUGCUCGCUUCUCUUCUUCGUCCGAAAAAGCGACGAGAGUACGCGCAAAGCUCACAGUUCGCGUCGCGAUACGCUACCGACGAGUCGCGAUGGCCAUUGCUGAACGAAAACGAGGGAUACAAUGGAAUUCGUGAACACCGCGCUGGCUUUGAAGAUGCUGAAGAGGAGAGUGUUGAAGAUGAGGAUGCUGACGGGGAAGACGAGGCCGCGCCCAUCGAGUCCACGCCUCUACUUCCCAUAUUCUCCGCACCUCACCUAGAUCCCGAUCUAGACAUUCUGCCCGUCUUUGAUAUCACACGUUCGAUUCGGUCCUUGAUCAUUUCGCGGUGCGAUGUCAAUCUGACUUGGGAGCAAUUGCGGUCUCCUCAGAUCUCGCAGUUCUUGGUGAAGCCAAUCCUGCAGAAAAUAAAAGAAGUCCACUUUUCGAGGGCUACUCUAUAUGCACUGAUGACCAACUGUCUACAAUUCGAGCGGGAAGUUCACUUGAAUCCGGGAAAUAGCGGAACCAACCAAACUCGGGCGAUGGUGAGCGAGCUUCUCGCGAUCAAAUUGCUCAGGGACUACACUACGCGCGAACUGAUUGAUGCAUUAUCCUACGACUUUUACCCUCUCCAGGGUCAGAAGGCGGACGGCGACAGAUGGCCUUCCGCAGCCGGAAGUAAAUCACGUCCUGGUGCUGCCCGAAUUUCAUGUCUUGAGGUAGCUAUCCGUGCCCAGGCGAAACGCUUCCUGGCACAUCCUCUGGUUAUCAAGCAGUUGGAAGCUAUCUGGGCUGGUACGAUUGUUUUCCACUCGGCUGCAGACAGUCUUCACCGUGCAUCCACACAGGCUCGCUUUGAACAAAGACCGGGAUCCUACGGUGCCACUUCUAGCGGCAACAGGUUCUCAGAUAAAAAUCUCGGCUCCGGUGCAUCAAGUCUACGCCGGUCUGUGACGCUUUACAACCCACGUGAUGCCUCGCCGUUUAAGCUCUCCCGUCUUAGGGUCCCUCGUUACAGGCAGUUUCUAUCGACCUGUUCCUUUGCCGUUCUUCUUGGUCUAUUCCUCGCCGUAUUACAACAACGGAGCAUAGGAAUCACUUUGUUGGAAGUUUUGUUCUGGUUCUGGAGCGCCGGAUUUAUGCUGGACGAGCUGAUCAAUUUCAAUGAGCAGGGCUUCAGCCUCUACCUCAUGAGCUUCUGGAACAUAUUUGACAUUGGCAUCCUGGUUCUUCUGUUCUGCUUCUACUGCAUGCGGCUAUACGGCGCUGUUGUGCCAUACGCUCCUAAGCAGGAAGUUGCGGAAAGAGCGUACGAUAUUCUGGCUGCAAACGCAGUCCUUCUGUUCCCGCGACUAUUUUCGGUGCUUGAUCACUAUCGCUAUUUCUCUCAAUUGCUUAUUGCAUUCCGAAUAAUGGCUUCUGAUUUGGUGGCAGUUUUUGUUCUGAUCGUUAUUGCGUGCAGUGGGUUUCUAGUGGCUUGUCUUAGUAUUGGCCAGGAUGAAACUCCAGCGUCCGUCGCAUACGCCCUCUUCCAGAUGGUGAUGGGCUUCACCCCGGCUGCUUGGACGCUUUGGGACGAAUACGGCUUCCUCGGGCGCGUGAUUCUGACUAUGUUCUUAUUCAUCUGUCAUUUCGUGAUCAUGACCAUUUUGAUCACAGUUCUUACAAAUUCAUUUAUGAGGAUUGUGCAGAAUGCCAACCAGGAACACCAGUUCUUGUUUGCUGUUAACACAAUCUCAAUGGUCAAAUCCGACGCCCUUUUCUCCUAUGUGGCGCCAACGAAUAUUUUCGCUUGGCUGAUCACUCCGCUCCGGUGGAUGAUCCCGUUCAGACAAUAUGUGCGGCUUAAUCGCACUAUCAUUAAGAUCACCCAUAUGCCUAUACUGUUCACCAUCUGCGCAUACGAGAAGAUGAUCUUGAGCCCACAAAUGAUUGAAGCCACUGACCUUAUCGAUCGCCCCGUACAAUUUGCAACAGGGAACCAUAGCCGUCAUAGAUUUAGAGCUUUGAGUACGCGGGUCUCACGACUGAUUCGAGAACCAUCUGUGGCCACGUUCCAGCAAGAUCGGGCCCUCGCUGAGGUGUUUCGGCAACCGUUUAGCGGAAGACCCAGCCGCAGCCCUGCAAGAGCCAUUCAAAGAAAGAGUAACCUUGUCAACGAGUGGAUGCAAGGCAUGGGUUCCGGGCCAGUCAACCCACCUGAUGAGCAGGAUUCCGAUGAAGUCGACCGACUGGAACGAAUGCCAAAAGGGCGUUUUCCUUUUCGACGGAGGCAAACCCGCAGUCUUCGUGACUUUACAGAGUCGAUUGCCUCAAACCUCGACGAUCAUGUACCGCAGGCCAUCUCCUCUCCUGUCACGCCGCGUAACGGGAGGAACCUGCUGCCUGACAGAGCACGGCGGUUCUCGCAUCAUACAGAUAUUGAAGGCGACAAUGAGCUUACCAGCAACGACAACGCUUCGACUGAGCAAAGGUCAAACUCCAGAGAUUCCGAUGACGAGUCUGGCCGCGGGCAGAGUGGUGGUCUGGUUCAGGGGAAAACCACCCCGAAAUUCUACAGCUCUCGUCCGUCUACAGCUAAACGCAGGUCUCGCAAGAACAGUCCGAACCGAUUUUCCCGCCACCACUCACGACAUCCAUCUGGAGCCACAAUUCUCUAUAAUCCAGUAUCAUCAAGUCACGAUGACGAAACCGAUCCGGCAUCACCUUUAGUUCGACCUAGAAUCAUACCAAGCCACUCAAUCUCUGUGGCCUCAACCAAUCGAAAUACACUAGAAAGAAGACACAGCUUGGAUACUGGCAGAACCCUCAAUUCGAAUAUAUUCAGGUCGAACCCAAUGUCUGUACCUAACAAAGGGGACAUCCUCGGACCCGAUCUCGGCCACAGCUCAUGGCAUCACGAAGCAUCUGCGCUCGCCGGUCUGGGCUCAGACCUGGGAGACGGUAAGGCAAUCGCCAACGGGUUCGUCGGGGGCGUUCCAUCAAGCUUCACCACCCAAAUGGCGUACGCAACAGGCGGCAUUCGACGCAGAGAUAGCCCCAACAGAAACCAGGAUCUUCUCAGCAAGCUCGUUCUGGCCCGAAUGAAUAACAUUGAAGAAGGGUUCCGCGAGGUGAUCAAAGAAGUCAAAGACCUCCGGUCUAGCCGCAACCAGAGUCGGCUGGAUGAGCAACACACCAGCCAACGAGACAAGCGGCGAGCAGAGAAGAAGAAAGCUCUAGGAUCAAGGAAGAGUAAGACGAGUGAUGGCACUCGAACAGCGGAGCCGACGCUAGCUGGAAACGGUUCGGAUAUGAAUGAGUACGAAUGA